UCGUGCAAACGGAUUGGAAACGGCUCUUCAUAAUUCAAGAAGAUUUUCGAUUCGAGAUUUGAAAUUGUUGCGGUGGUUGCUGUUGUGCUUUUGUGUGAUAUAUUUUUGUCGUGAUUUGAUUUUCACUGAUUGUUGUUGCCCUUGGGAAGCUAUUAAGCUCGACGGGUGGUUGAACCGGGCCAGCAAAUACGUGCUGAAUGAUUUGUGAAUCUUUUGAAUAUUUCGCGUUGUUUUCUGGGGAAGUGUAAAAGUGUCGGAAAGUUUGUUGCCUCAGUCUUUUGUGUUGCUGAGACGGCGUAAUAGCAGCGGCAGCAACAACAAUUGGCCAAGGAGCCGCUCUUUUCGACUCUUUAAGCCGCUCUUGGCCAACUCUUAAAUGUGCAAUUCCCGCAGCGUUUGACAUGUAAAACGAGUGUUGGCCACAAAACGAAAUAAUUAUAGAGGAAGCCCGCAAAAAAUAAAACACCACCAAGGAAGUAUCGCAAAAAUAAAACCAUUAAACUAAUGUGAAACCAAAAUUCCGCUGAAAUAUUCAAAAAUCAUCAUCGUUCCGGGCAACCAGUUUAAAGCAUAGCAAAAUCGCCAAACAACGGACACAUAACAAAUUGGAUUACGCAAAAAGGGCGAAGUUGGAUAGAGAGCUCGCACUAUGAAGACUGGCACUCCAAUGGACAUUUUCUACACGGCGCUGCACUUAAUCACAAUCGCAGCUCUGACGACGCACGCGGCGCGGACUCCAACGGCAGUCAAGGAUGCCCAGAGCUCACUGAGCGAGGAGAUUGCGGCGGCGGAGGCGGAGAUGGCCUCCACAUCGAAGCCUUCGGUGGAGCCGAGUGUGCGGAUCAAGUGCCUGUCCGGUUCGAUGCUGAUCACCAUCAAAGACGCCCCACCGAAUCACGAAACGGGGCUGUUCAGCGGCAUGAUCUACCCGAAGGGUCUGUCCAAGAACUCCACUUGCCUGAGCGAAUACAGAGAUCAUGUGGGUUCCCUGCGCUACAAACUGCCGCUGAGAUCUUGCAACACGAUGCCGAAGGAAACGGAUGACGGUGGCAUCGAGUUCUUCAACACCAUAGUGCUGCAGCCCCAUCUGAAGCUCAUUACGGAUCUGGGACGUGGAUACCACGUGCGCUGUGCCUACAAGAGUCGCGAUGCCGCCAUGAAGCCCAAGAAGUAUCUGCGCAAGCACGCCCAGAAACCGCAGGCCUUCCGCAGCGAAGAUCGGCGGGACUAUGGACGCUCGCUGGACAAACAGCAGGACGAUGACCUCGACGAGGAGGAUGUCUACGAUGCGAAUGCGCCGCAGGCGGAGGAGGAGGAUGUGAGCAACAACGAGAUUCCCAUGCCCGGUUGCCACAUGAAGAUCUACAACGAUGAGCACAAGAUAGCGGAUGACGUGAAGAUUGGCGAUCCUCUGACCAUCGUGAUCAGCAUCGAUAGACAGCAGGUCUAUGGACUCCAUGUGACGGAUUGCAUAGUUCGCGAUGGUUUGGGCUGGGGAGAGCAGCGAUUGGUGGGCGAAGAUGGCUGCCCCAUGGACAACGAGAUCAUGGGUCAGUUCAACUACACCCAGGAUCGCCUGGCCGCCAACGUGACCUUCCCUGCGCACAAGUUCCCCUACACCACCUCCGUCUACUACCAGUGCAACGUGCGGCUGUGCGCCCUGGAGGAUCCCACCUGCCAGGAGGCGCCUCUCUGCAGCGGCAAGCGGCCCAAGCGCCAGGCUUCUGCGGACAGCAAGGAGGAGGACGGCCUGCCCGCCACCAUAGAGGUCUUCUCGGGUCUGUAUGUCAACGAGAACGAGAAUGCCAAUGACAGCGACGAGGAUGCGGUCUACAAGGAGAAGACCCUCGAUGAUGCCCUCUGCGUCUCGCAGCGCACCUUCGCCAUUGCCAUCGCCAUCGCCGGCCUGAUCCUCAUGCUGGCCGUGGUCGCCGCCGUGCUCUGCAUCAUGGCAAGGAGGAGCACCAAGACGGUGUCCAACUCGGGCAGCUCCAUCUACAGCGGACCCUACACGAACACCGCCUUCUCGCACAGCAGCUAAGCGAAGGGCUCGCGAGGUCCUCGAAUCUCUCCGAGAUUCAGUUCAAAAUUCAACGUUUCCAAAAUUCAAAACACUCAAAGUGUUGAAAAAAAAUCAGAGAGUUACCAUUACCAGGAGGAGAUUGAGAUUCGGUCGCGCAGGUGCCGCUGCGGUAGUCAACGAUUGAUAGGAUUGGGAGCCACUUAGCUUGUAAGGAUGCCGGAGCAGUCAGUCGAUCAGUCGGCUGUCUCUUAGGAUUAAGCCUAGUCUUAGUUGCAGAAUGAUAAAAUGAUAAUGAUGUGCAGAGAUUACCGGGCAAUGUCCACCCCAAUUGCCCGCUAAUGUCGCAGAGAUCUCGG